AUUGCAUGUUGUCUUUCCCUCUCUCUCCCUCUGUGUGCCUGUUCUUUUUUCCAACCUGUGUGAAUGGUGUGCUUGAGUUUUGCCUAAUGUGUGUUUGUGUAGUCUGUCCUUUUCCAGGUCUCCAUGGCGAAGAGGUCGUGUGGCUCAGGUUCUAUCUGUCUGGCAACAUCUAAAGUUGCUCAGUGUCCCCCCGGAUCCAUAUUCUUCACAUAUGUUUGCAAACUAUAAUUUUGUCAUCCUGAUUGCCCAUACUGUAAUUUUACAGUGUUGGUCUGUUUUGUGCACACAGCAUUUACUGCAGAGGGAUCCCUCCUCUGUUGCUCUUCCUGAGGUUUCUUCCAUUUUUUCCUCGUUAAAGGGCUUUCCCUUAUCCGAAUCGAGGAUCUAAGGAUAGAGGGGGUCAUAUGCUGUACAGAUCGUAAAGCCCCUUGAGGCAAAUUUGUGAUUUGCGACAUUGGGCUACAUAAAUAUAACUGACUUGACUUAUCUCUGCAAGUCCACUUGCAACAAAAUGUGCAACUGCAUCUAUCUCAUCCAUGCUUGAGCAUUUUAGUGUCCAUUUUUCUAUCGCUUUUACAAGGAUGUAGCUACAGUAUGGGUCGGAAGAUGACGUCUCCAUUCUUAAUCCCACCUAUCAAGGUCUGAUUGUUUGAUUGUUUCUCCAACUGGUUGAAAUAGCUGCCUCCUGAACAGGAAUCCAAUGAAAAUGUCAUUUGUCAAAUGUCACCUUUGAAGGAAAGGUUUCUUACGACAGGUCAAAGACCAAUAUUUGACAAUAUUUUUGAGUUCUCUCAUUUAAAUAAAAAACAGUACAGUACAUAUUAUAACUGGAUUCAUUAUUAUGUGCAAUAUAUGUCUUUUUAACUUGUUAUAUCAAAUCUCAGAAGUUAUUGGUGAAAAACGUCUUUCUUCGACCUUUUUGGUCACUCAAAGCACCCGUACCGUAACAGCACGAAUAGACGUGCAACAAAGUGCAACCCUGGCCUGACAGGGUUUUUGCAGAGGUCUGUGUUACAGUGGUUUACAGUUAUUAACGUCGCUGCGCAGACUCUGCAGCGAGUGUUUUACGUUUACUUUUUCGCCGCACCUCGACAUAAAAAUAAAAAAGUGUCUUUAAGAUCACCUCAGCGAAAUGAUCAUGUUAACGUUUCCCCAGUAAAGUUAACUUUUAAACAAGUUUAGUGUUUGUUGUCAUGUUCAUAGGUUAUUGUCAAUCAGAUGCUCGACACCGACCAGUUUUUCACAAGUUAUCUGAAUAACGUAAGAGAACAUCAAUUCUCAUUUAAAUGUGAUAUUAUAAUGUAGCUAGCAGACUAAUAAGAUUAGCAGUAUUUAAGUGUGUAAUGCGGCGAAUUUAACUAGUAGGCUACAACGUUACAAAGAGGUUUGACACACAUAAGCUAGUUAACGUUAAAUUCGUUAAUUUUCUUAGCCAAUUAAUGCGAAUCCUUUAUUUUAUUUUCCUCUAGUUCCUUCUGGCCAUGCAGCUGGUGAUCCGCCGGUACCGUCCCUCAGACAAGGACACAGUGCUCACCCUGUUCAGCGUCGGCAUCCGGGAGCACAUCGGCCCAUGUUUUCACAAUGCCAUGACCAGCCCUCUCUACCUCGCCAUCACCCUGGCUCUGUGUGUUGCUGGAUACUUCCUGGGCUCUGCGUUAGGGGCCGUGGUGUUGCCAGGAGUCUGGGUGGGCCUCGUCUACUACUGCUGUCAUGAGAUAUAUGCCAGCCACGUCAGGGAGAAACUCCGGACAGACAUGCAGGACAUCCCUGGGAACUAUCUGAGCAGACCAGAUGACUGUUUCUGGGUGGCUGAGAUUGAGGUUGAUGGGAGGGCCCAGAUCAUAGGUAUGGUGGCUGUAGUGGCCAAAUAAAGUGGGAAAGAAAGACACGGGGAACUGUUCAGAAUGAUCAUCUCACCAUCAUGCAGAAGAAUGGGCCUGGGCUUCAGGAUAACUCAGACUGUGGUUGACUUCUGCAAGGAACAAGGCUUCUCCAAGGUGGUGCUGGAGACCACCUCCAUUCAGACCGCUGCUGUGGCCCUGUACAAGAAACUGGGGUUCAGCCAUGUCCUCUCACACACCGAAACACAGGCUUCCUUUUGGAUUGUAACGCUGGCCAAGGUCACGGUUUUAAGAAUGGAAAAACACCUGUAGUCCUGAAAUAAUGUUAAAUAAUAAUGUUCCUCUUCAUCACUGGUUUAAGCUUUUGCAGCGAUAAAGACAUGACUGAAACCAUGUGUAAGCUAUGUCUCAUAAAUACACUCACUGUUUCAGCUAUGAACAAAAAAAGUCUAUGGCAGAGCAAAGAGCAAAAGCCUUCAGUGAUGGAGGAAGUACUCAGAUCCUUUACUUAAGUAAAAGUACUAAUACCACACUGCAAGAAUACUCUGGUACAAGUAAAAGUCCUGCAUUGAAAAUGUUACUUAAGUAAAUGUAUGUAAAUUUA